CAAAAGCAUACUUAUUCUCUUUCUCUCUCUAUAUCUCUCAUUCGCAUAUAUCAGUACCACAAUAUUAUAUUCUAGCUUUCCCAUUUCGAAAAGAUCAGUAAAAGCAUUAAUCCAAUCUAAUUUUCUUUUCUCUCGCUUUUUUCCCCUUUUGUUCUUUCCGACUGUAAUCAAAGUGUGAAAUAUAUUACCAAAAAGCAAAAAAAGAUGAUUCAAGAGCUUUUCGCAGGAAAUACUACCCUUAUAGGAGGAGGAGGGGAAAAUAUUUCAAAGCAAUCCAAUACUCCUUCCUCCUCUCCUCUUUCUUCUACUUCUAAUUCCUCAACCUUAACCACAAAUAUUCCUGCAGCAGCAAAUGCUAGCUCAUCUUCAAACUCAGAAAGCAUUAGAUGUCCACGUUGUGAUUCCCCAAACACUAAGUUUUGUUACUAUAACAACUACAACUUAACUCAGCCUCGUCAUUUCUGCAAGACUUGUCGCCGUUACUGGACUAAAGGUGGUGCGUUACGUAACGUUCCUAUUGGUGGUGGCUGCAGAAAAAACAAGAAUACUAACAUCUCUACUACCUCCGCGGCAAAAUCAAGUGCUGCAAAGUUGAAAGCUUCACUUCCAAGCUUUCUUGGAGGGCUCGAACACGAAAUCUCUAAUUCGAACCCUUUUCUUUUUUCCUCACCUCAAAAUCAAUAUCCUCUUAUUUCCAUUUUGAGAGGAAAUCAUCAAAACCUAAGUUUUAAUGCUGACACCUGCCACUUCCCAAAUUCUGUUGCGGUUAAGGAAGAGGGAAAAUCAAUUGGUGUGAAUUCAUAUAAUCAGCUUCCUAAUUCUCUCGGUUUUUGCAGUAAUUUGUGGAAAAAUAACCAGCAAAAUGGUUCUAUAAUUGGCGAAAUUCAAAGCUCAGGACUUCAAGAGCUAUAUCAAAGACUCAAAGCGUCAACGAGUCGGUGCUAUCCUGAUCACGCGCCGUCACUUUUUGGAAAUACGGCAUCAUCGUCGUCAAUGAUUUUGGAGUCAGCUCCGGUGGGUGCUGGAGGAGAAUUGGGUUUCUGGAACCCUAGCAUUUCCACAUGGUCGGAUCUGCAGACAGCAAAUGGUGCAUAUUUUUAAGGAACUAAGCGUUACAAAUUUACUCCUAGUACUUUCCUUUCUCAUUUUUAUAACCUAGUUAGGGUUUUGAAUGGGGCAUCUUGUGUUAUAGUAUAGCAUAUAGUCUUCGGAUACUUGGACAUGGUUGUGGGUUAGUACUUUUUUUUGGUUGUUGUUCCUAUAUAUUUAAUGUUUGUGUGUGAUCUGGCGUGUUUCAUCUCUGAGGAUGUACCAAAAUGCAAGAGCUUGCUGAUGAAUUGGCCUACUUCUUAGAGCUUUCAUUUCUUACAACAAGCGAGUCUGACAAAAUCUUCAAUUUGUCAAGAACUGUGAAUUGUACUACUACAAUGUUUAUUAUCCAUUCUUCUACAAGUACUUCCCUUUACCUUGUUUA